AUGUCUCAAGGAACGGACAUGUUUAAGCUUUUUUCUACCAUAGAAGAGCUUUUGGGAGCUAAACCUGACAAACAAAAGUCAAACUUUUUUAUAAGAGUUUUACAAUCAAGAGACAUUAUAUUUUAUGAUCUGGUGGCCAUUUUGUCUCUCACCAGUUAUUUGGAACCUCCGAAUAGAUU